UUCUUGCGAGUGCAGCGCAUGCAAACGCAUGCACCUUGCAUGAACUCUGCAUUCCCUUCGCAUUUGUUACUAGGCCUAUAUCUACUAGGUACAUAUACUAGCCAAUUCAACAAGACUUUGUUUUCUCAAUGGAAUCAUUCUCGGUCCAAAACUAGAUCUAUACGAGUGAUACUAUGUCCAACUUAUAUUGGUGUGUCUGUCGAUGACACAGAGGGAGACGUGUGCAAGUCGGGCGCACUACUUACUAUGACCACCUGCAUGAAGCAGAGACCGACGAGGAACGCAAGCAAAUCAUUAAUGCACAGGAUGAUCCUGAGGCCAUCCAGCUGAUUCGUAAAUACCUGAGCAAGCGGUGUGCCAGUCCAACUCAUGCUCCUCCUGGAAAACGCACUCGCACGGCCAGUCCACAUCAUUGAAAUGACGAGCCUAUGUCUCUGUCGAAUGAAUGAGAACAUGCAGCCUCAAAACGACGAGCCUCUGCAGCCUCAAAAUGACGAGCCUCCGCAUCCACCAAAUGACGAGCCUCAUCAGCCUCAAAACGACGAGCCUCCGCAUCCACCAAAUGACGAGAACCUGCAGCCUCGAGACAACGAGCCUCCACAUCCACCAAA